AUGCUGGGGCUCAUAGCCUUCGCGCUGCUGAUCCUCGCGUGCUCCUACUGGAAGCUCUCCGGGUACCUGGAGGGCGGCGCUGGCCGGGGCGACGAGGAUGGCUCCGGCGCCGACGGCGCCAAGCCAGCAGCCUCGGACCUGCCGCCGCCGAUAUGGGAGGAGAAGAUACUGGUGAUCAUGGCAGGGGAUGUGAAGCCGACGUACCUGGCCACGCCCAUGUCGAGCAGGGCGUCCUCCUUCGGAGACCGCAGCAGCAAGGGCGACGAGGAGGAGAACAACAAGAAGGUACAAGAAGUCGCCAUGGCCAGCAUCAACAUCAAGGAUGCCGAACAGAAUGGUGAGCACAGUGAGAGCCGGAGAGAGAGAGAGGAGCACCACAUUCCUGAGGUGUGA